AUGACUGUCAAGGAAGGCUCUCGUUUCGACUUCAUCAUUGUCGGCGGUGGUACGGCGGGUAACACCGUCGCCAUGCGUCUGGCAGAGAACCCUGAUGUCAGAGUUCUGGUCAUUGAAGCCGGUGUUGGCAAUUCGAUCGACAUUCCCGAGAUCCGAACUCCCUCCGGGGCAAUGGAGCUCCGAAACAGCCAGUAUGACUGGGCCUACAAGACGACCAUGAUCAAGCGUGAUGACUACGAACGAGUGGAGAAGCCUAAUACUCGCGGCAAGGCCCUCGGUGGCAGUUCCUCGCUCAACUAUUUCACCUGGGCCCCCGGAAGCAAAGGGACAUUCGAUAUGUGGGAAGAGUACGGAGGCAAGGAAUGGACCUGGGACUAUCUUAAGCCCUACCUCCGGAAGAGCGUUACUUAUCACGAUGACACUGGAAAGCAUCCUGCUGAGCUCAAGAGCAUCGGUGGUGGAGGACCGAUCCUCAUCUCUCAUUCUGAGCUUAUCCCGGAGAUGGCGCCCUUCCGCGAUCGCCUGACGCAGGCUUGGAAAUCUACCGGCAAGCCCAUCACAGACAACAUCUUUGAUGGCGAGAUGAUUGGCUUGACACAUAGCGUCAACACCAUUUAUAAGGGUCAGCGCUCGGGGAGUUUCCUCUGUCUCGAGGGGAAACCGAAUAUCACUGUGCUGGCCGAGACCCACUCCAAGUGUCUGAUCAUCGAUGAAUCCGACCUCACUUGCAAGGGUGUGACUGUGAUUACCAAGUCCAACAAUGAGCUAAGUCUCUACGCCACCCGCGAGGUUAUCGUUACCGAGGGUGUAUUCGAAAGCCCGAAACUGCUCAUGCUGAGUGGCAUCGGACCGAAGCGCGAGUUGACCAAACAUAACAUUGACGUCCUUGUCGACUCUCCCCACGUAGGCAAGCAUCUGCUUGAUCACCCUGGUGUCCCGUUCGUUCUCCGUGUGAAAGAUGGAUACGGCAUGGACGAGCACGUCUUGCGAGAAGGUGCUAAGCGCGACGAAGCAAUUGUGGCCUACAAGGAAAACUUUAGUGGCCCACUCGCAUCUGGAUUCCUUGAAAUGGUCGGCUUCCCUCGUAUCGACGAGUAUCUCGAGAAGGACCCUGAAUACCGCAAGGCAAAAGCCGCCAACGGUGGAGUCGAUCCCUUCUGUCCGUAUGGCCAGCCGCACUUCGAACUUGAUUUCGUUUGUAUGUUCGGUAGUGCGUUCCAGUGGCACUACCCGACACCCAAGAAGGGCAAUUACAUUACCGUGAUGGUUGAUCUUGUUCGACCUGUUUCCGAGGGUGGUGAGGUGACCCUUAAUAGCGCCGAUGCUCUUCAGCAGCCGAACAUCAAUCUCAACUACUUCAAUGAUGAGCUUGAUAUCAUUGCUAUCCGUGAGGGUAUUAGGUAUAGUUAUGAUGUUUUGAUGAAGGGUGAGGGGUUCAAGGAUAUCAUUGAGGACGAGUACCCUUGGGAAAUGCCCCUGGAUGAUGAUGAGUUGAUGAAGAGGACGGUGUUGGAUCGCUCUCAGACGUCUUUCCACCCUUGUGGUACUCUUCGUCUGUCGAAGAAUAUCAAGCAAGGUGUCCUUGAUCCUACUCUCAAGGUUCAUGGGAUCAAGAACCUACGUGUUGCCGAUGCAUCUGUCAUGCCGGUUAUUCCAGAUUGCCGUAUUCAGAACUCGGUAUAUAUGGUGGCUGAAAAGGGUGCUGAUCUGAUCAAGGCAGAUCACAAGGAUCUUUAUAAAUGA